CUCCACGAUACCAACGACGGUGUUCAUCGUACUUGGUUAGGAUUUAAAAAGUCAGAUCAUUACCACCCCUCUCACUAAAAUUCCAUUGACCAAUAUUCUUUGACAAGUGGAACGAUAAGUUUGAGAUGAUAAGCUGCUCACAAACACACAAAAUUGACAGAGUAAACUAUAAAUACCCAGCCAGGAAAUGCUCUCUGACAAAUUGCAAAUAUGUGUCACAAGUGCAUUAUACAGAAUUUACGAUCACUCCCUUACAAUGACGAAAAGUUCGAAAAAGAGACAUUUAAUCAAAACGGCGAAACUGAUCAUGGACGACAACACCCAUCGUUACACAAUUACUGUGAUGACAAGUUGGAUAGAAAGUUAAGAGCACAAAACGAAGAAAUCGAACGUGUUGUGAAAGAUUGCGUAAAUGGCUUGGCAGUUGUUGGGGGUGUUGUUUUGGGCGCAGCUGCAUUGUUCGGUAUCGGACUCGCUGUUGGUCUUGGUUCAAAAAAGUCGAGACGUCGUGAAUUUUGAACUUCACUGGGUCAAAUUUUAAUAUAUCUAACCAAAUAAAUAAACAUUU